AUGGCUUCCUCCGAUACAGCCCCAGCAACCUCCCCUUCCCAAAAUGGGGUCCCGGAGCUCGACAUCCCCAAACUACACGCCCUCCCCUCCGAACAGCAGGAGCUGUAUAUGCUCACGUUCACCUCCGAGCUAGUUCAGUACAUAUCGGGUCUGGAAGCUGCAGAGGUCACAUUGCAGCAAAAGGAUCUCAAAAAGGAAUUGUUCAAGAUCUUAAACCUCCCAUCACCGACCAUUACUCGAGUCCUCCGCAACAACCUUGGGCGAUGUUUUGGUGCAAUACUCAGCAAAGGGGAUCGCGGGAUCCUUUUCGAAACACUUACCGAUCUGCUCGCAAUUCUAAACGCUGGUAAAAGCGAAGCAGAACUCAAGACAAAGUUCGCUGCGGCGCAUUGUUUAGGAGAGGUCUUUGCGACAGCCGGCGAGAGCGCGUUCAUGCAGUCCAGCGUCGCGAGUUCGGCCACACUCAAAUUGCUCAAAUCUGCAAGCAACCAUGCCGGUCUAAGAGGAGUCAUCUUCGCGGUAUUGCGCAAGAUCAUUGUCGGUAUCGGGGUUCCGAUUGACGAAGGAACCGCCCGCGAUAUCUGGAAGCAGGCUCGGACCGCUGCCACUGGCGACAAAUCUACAUUCGUUCAAGUCCAAGCGUGCCGCUGCCUGGAGCAGCUGAUUGCCACGACACCUUUCUUCGAUAACGCAAAUGACUUCGAUCACGUUAAAACCUUUGUAUGGAAGGUCAUUGAUAGCCCUGCUGCGCCGGUGCGGCACGCCAUAGCUGCGGUGCUUGGACGGGCAUUGAUUAAUCUACAUGCUAGAGAAGCGCACACCACGGCUGCUCCGAAACCAAAAUCCAAGAAAUCGAAGCGCAUGUCUAAGAAACCUGGUGUAGGACUUGGAGACGAGGAAGAGGCGGAGAUGUCCGAGUCGUCUGUUGCCCCCAAGAAAACGGACUCCCGUCUGUACUUCCUUCUUCCGGAUCUAUUGAAGCAGCUUUCGUCCCAGUACCUGAAGAGCACCACCUCGAACCGCGCACGCGCGGGAAUUUGUAUAUGCUACAAAUACGUUCUGCGCAACCUGGGGGACAAGAUUGUCGAAGAACGGUACGGACAAAUCGCGACCAAUCUGCUCGUCGAGUUGUUGAAUCAUCCAACUGUCACAUACAACCGUUUCCGUCUACUCAUGACUAGGAAAUUCAUCAAGACUAUCCUUGAAGAUACCAUUGGACAGGAACUACUGCGUGAGAACAGUCAACUUAAUGCCGCCAAAUGGUUGAUCAACGAAAUCCUCAAAGACUACCCCCAGGUCGUCCAGGAACGUCGUGAGCCAAGCAAGUACACAUUGACAUGUGCGGUCAGCGCUCUGUCCUCGUUGAUCUCAUCCCUUGGGUCCGCCUUUAGCGUUCACGCCGAUAGCUGCCGAGAGGCCCUGCUCCAGGUGCUUCCCCACCCCAGUUAUACUGUUCAAGUUCACGUGGCGCAUUGCAUGCGCAACUUUGUCCUCGCCACUCCUCAUCAUCUUCUGUCUUGUGUAACAAUUUGCAUGAACAGUCUGCACAGGGAGAUUGGACAGCUCGGUACACCGCGCCAGUCACCUCGCCGAUGUGUUGGCUAUGCGAAUGGGCUAUCUGCGAUGCUCAGCACUUCUCGCCUGCAGCCACUGUAUGGAGCAGUGGAUGUAUUUGCGCGCGUUUUCACCCAGGCGACCGAUCUUCUCAAGACGAGCAGUACUUCUGAGCUUCGGGUUGCGAGUAUUCAAAUCCAGGUAGCCUGGAUUCUGAUUGGAGGCUUGAUGCCCCUUGGACCAAGCUUCGUCAAGACACAUUUGUCUCAACUGAUGCUUCUCUGGAAGAACGCACUUCCUAAACACCUCAGCAAGGAGAAUGCUGCCCAGCCAGGCACCCUCGAGAUCAGCUUCCUGACGCAUGUGCGGGAGUGUGCAUUGAGCUCGUUGCUUGUCUUCAUGGAGUUCAACAGCAAAUUAAUUACCUCAGAUGGCGCAAGGAGAAUUGCUGCGAUGUUGCAAAAUACUGUUGACUUUUUGGAUGACUUGCCUAAGCCGAAGGCCAUGGAAGAUCUCUCGCAAAGACUGCAUCCAUCACUGCAAUUGCAAGAUUACACUACUAUGGUGCGCCGGCGUGUCUUGCAGUGUUUCACGAAGCUCGUGCAUGUCCACCCACCCAGCCAUGGAGACAUCAUCUCUCGUUCUAGUCUUCUCAGCCUUGCUAUCUCCUCAUUUGCAGACCCCGAUGCCCAGUAUAAGCACCUGGAAAGCUCUAUCUCCGGCUCAGCUGGGCAAUUCGACGGUCUAUGGGAUUUGUGUGACAACUAUGGGUUUGGUGUGACCGGACUGCCACGAGAAUACAUUCGGGCUACAUUAUCUGGCACUCAGCAAGAUGACAAGAGCCCCCCUUGGUCUGCACUGGAUUCCGUGGACCAAAUCGUGGACGACACCUUGAAUUUCCCGAUUUGCCAGGCCAGCGAACAUGACGCGGUUCUUUUGUACAGUUUGCGAGAUGGAGACGAGCCUGCCGUUGAUCCCCCAACGACUGGAGUUGUCAACUCAGCAAUCGAGCUUUUCUCCGUGGCCCUCGCUCUUCAUUCGCCCAAAAUCCAAGAGAGCAGUGUGGAACAAAUUGCCACCUUCCUCACUUCUCCCGGUCUGCAGAGAAACCCUGGCAGAAAGGCGGCGUUAGUUGUCAAUAUAUCUGUCGCACUUCUGCAGACUCUGAAAGUCGCUGUUAAGGAGACAAGCUUUGUGGCUGGCAAGCUGAACACGUCGACCGACAAAAUCUUGCAGGAGCUUCUCCAGACGUUCAUUCUGGAUGCAGACCCUAUCGUGCGCACGAUUGGUGUUGAAGCAUUGGGGCGACUCUGCGAUAGCGCUGGAAACACGUGCACCAAUACCCAAGUCAACUGGCUGGUCGAUACCAUUGUUGAGAACAGAGAGCCUAACGCUAGGGCUGGCUGCGCUGCCGCCUUAGGAUGUAUUCAUGCUCAGAUUGGUGGAAUGGCAGCUGGACUGCACCUUAAAACCAUCGUUGGCGUGUUGAUGUCUCUGUGCAACGAUCCUCAUCCUGUGGUUCAUUUCUGGGCCCUCGUGGCUCUGGAGAGGGUUGCCAACUCUGCUGGCUUGACAUUCUCGCCUUUUGUCUCCGGUUCUUUGGGCAUGCUGGCCCAGCUCUACAACGCCGAUACCCACAACGAAGAGGCAGCCGCGUUGGCGACCUCCAACAUCGAGAUGUCAUUCUUGACACCCGUCGUGAUCAGCAGAUGUGUGGACUCUCUUAUCAACGUUCUCGGGCCGGACUUGCAGGAUAUUUCUAAGACACGGAAUCUGAUAUUGACGCUACUUCGACAAUUUCAGCUGGAAAAACACCCAGCAUUGGUCACAGAAAGCUCUAAAUGUCUGGACCAUUUCUCCAUGUAUGCCUCUAGCUAUGUGGACUUCGCUGCAUACGUGAAGCGAUUGCAGACCGAGCUUCGAGCAAGCAACUUCCUGAUGCGAGAUGUAGCCGUCCGUGGGCUGAACAACCUGAUGAAGCGAGAUGCAUCCUCUGUCAUACAGACGGCUGGUCAGUCUCUGGAAGAUGACAUCUGGCUCGCAUUCGACGAAGCUCCAAACAACCUGUCGCUCAAGUCAAUGAUCCAGGACUGGCUACAGCAGAGUGCUUUGACUGAGACAGAGUUGUGGAUUCAACGUUGUCAGAAUAUCAUGACCAAAACGCGCAACAAGGUGGAGGCUGUGCCCACUGCAGCUGCUCAGAAUACAGCGGCAGAUAUCGCCGAUGACGAGGUUGCCGGUUUUGCCUCAGCUGCCGGGGAAGGCCAAGGCGAUGUCGCGAAUGAGGGCGUAUCCGGCCAGGAAUUAUUGAAAUGGCAAACUCGCAAUUUUGCCAUGAGCUGUCUCUCCGAACUCCUGGCUACGGUGCAAGAGGCAAUCCUCCCAGACUCUGCCAUCCCAGCGGAGCUAGCUCUCCAGAAAAACGUGGGCGAUAUUGUGAGAAUGGCCUUUUCAGCAUCUACCGCUAACGUCAUUGAGCUGCGGGUCUGGGGAUUGAAGAUCAUCGACCAGGUUCUUACCAUGUUUGGCAAGACACCGGAUCCAGACUUUGCUGAAGCCUCCCUACUUGAGCAGUACCAAGCCCAGAUCGGCUCUGCCCUUACGCCUGCGUUUGCCGCUGAUUCUUCUGCGGAGCUGGCAUCAGAAGCCAUCAAUGUAUCUGCUACUUUCAUCGCAACAGGAAUUGUCACAAACGUCGAUCGUAUGGGGAGAAUCCUGAAGCUUUUGGUGCUGGGCCUCGAGAAUUUCGCGAAAAACCCGGAAACCACCGAGAUCGGUGAUCUCAAGGGUCUGAACUCCAAUGCUCGUGUGAUGGUGAAACUUGCUUUAUUCUCGGCCUGGGCUCGACUCCAGAUCGCCAGCAUAGACCAUGAGUAUUUGAAUCAGGUAGUGCAGCCUUAUAUCGCGAGACUCACCCCUCUAUGGCUUUCAUCUCUACAAGAGUAUGCUCGGCUGCGAUUUGAGCCAGACAUCUCCGGUAGCUUGGGGACAACCUCGAGCAGUGAUCUAGAUGAGGUGUAUGCUGCGUUGAACCGCGAGACGUUGUUGAAGUUCUAUCAAGAUACUUGGUUGUAUCUGGUUGACGCAAUUGCUGGCCUUGUUGAGAAAGAUAUCGAUUUCGUUUUUGAUGCCUUGGAUGGCAAGUUGCAGCUGCCCGAGCCCAGAGGCGCUGAAGGCGAGGAGAAAGAAGAAAAGCCCAUCAAGGAGGAGGAAGGGAAAGGACACGACAUCAACUACCGCGAGGAGCCCGUUGCCUUCUUCUUUGUCUUGUUCGGAUUGGCUUUCGAAUCUUUGGUUGAUCAAGGAACUUCAGCAUCACAAAGAUUGGAGAUUCUUCAAGCUCUGAAACGAAUCCUGCGCCCAGUGAUCUCUGGAAACGCGAUCUAUCAAGAUGCAAUUUUCACAGAGACCAUGGACAGUUUCGACCGUCUUGUGUUGACAGAGGCAACUCCAAUCCAGACCGUCAUUGUCGAGAUUGCCCAGAACCUGUCAUUAGAUCAUCCCGCAGCCAAGGGCGACCAGGAGCGCAGCGACCAUCUUUCGGAUGACAUUGAACAGCUUUUCGAGCUCACAAGAAGCAUCAUUCUCGUUCUCGCUGGCAUGCUUCCCAACCUCCGUGAAUCGACGCCGCUCGCUCGCUUCAAUGUCACGUCGGAUGAGUCUUUAACCCUCAUUCGACUGGCUCUUCGUUCCCUCGUCGAUGUGGCCUCUGUCUUCCCAUCUAUCAUUCGCAACGACCUCCACGCUUGCAUAUUACACAUCUUUUCCACUAUCCUGGCAACUGGGAUAUGCCAAUCGGGCGUUGUUCCCCAGGCCCUUCCGAUCUUCAGGCAAUUCGUUCACGGCAUCACACCUACGACCGAUUCACCUCAAGACCGCGAAGUCGUGUCCUUCCAACUCCGAGGAUGUCUCACACGUUUCCUGACCAUCCUCACUAUCGCACAGCGACGAGAAUCCGACACCUCUGUUCCAUGCGCCAAGAACACGCUACUAGCCAUCACCUUCCUGCUCACAGCCGGCGCACACGUCAUCCCACCCCAGGAGCCAGUCCUAAUCCGAGUUCUGAACGAGCUACUCGAUUGUCUCCAGGACGUCGGUCUCGCCACCGUGGCAGCCAGCUGUCUCCGUUCCAUCCUCAUCAAGCCAGGACCCCGCUCCAUCACAGACGAAGUAAUCGCCCGCUACCUCGUCCCACGACUAAUCGCCUUCAUGAUCAGCUGUCCCCUAGACAACGGCGAUAUCCCCAGCGACCCGGAGAACUCUCGCACAGUAGUUGCCCGCACUCUCGUGGCAUGCGUUUCCAACGGCACUUUCCCCUCCGAAUCACCAGCCGCUAUCUCCCUCGUCAUGUCCGCGUUGCUGGCGCGUGCCAAGCGUGAGGGAGAGACUGUGCACAAGGAGUCUGCGGGUCAUCUCCUCGAGCUUGCGAAAGCCGACCAGCUUACUUUCCGCGCGCUGGUCGCUAGUAUGAUGCCGGAGCAGAAGGCGCUCCUAGAGGAGGUUCUGCGUAGUGCCGGUAUUGGUGCUGUUGCUUCUAAGACUGGUGUUGAAGAGGUGGAUAAUACUCCACAGGCGGCGCCGAGUAUAGCAUUGCGCAUGGAUUUCUAG